CACUCGACCAAUCAGAGGCCAGCAGGAAGUCUUCAUUCUUGCACUGAAAAGACUGGCGGCUCUGAACGAUGACACUCUCAUCUUAAUUUUCUUUUUAUCACCGUUAUUUGGAGUUGAUGAGAUGCAGAACAUGGUGACAGAGAGCAGAGAGGAACCACACACCGAGUUUAUCUACUGCUGCGGAGCAAAUACAGAGCUGCUCAAAUAUGGCGCCUGUCACUUACAACCCACACACAAAACUCUAAUUCUUAUCAUUCCAGGUAAUCCCGGUGUUGUGGGCUUCUACAGAACCUUCAUGCAAACACUGCAUCACACGUUUGGCUACCGCCACCCAGUGUGGGCUGUAAGCCACGCAGGCCACUGUGAACCUCCUGACUCCAUGGACAUGGUAGAAGAUGGCUCCACAGCAGCAGAGAGGGAUGUGUUUGGUCUCAACGGGCAGAUUGAACACAAGCUCACCUUCCUCAGGAAACAUGUUCCCAGAGAAACUAGUCUGGUCCUGGUUGGCCACUCCAUCGGCUGCUACAUUAUUCUGGAGAUUAUGAAGAGAGACCCUGAACUCAAGGUUCUGAAAGCCGUCAUGCUGUUUCCUACCAUCGAGCGCAUGGCUCAGUCUCCUCAGGGGAAGGUCAUGACCCCCGUGCUGUGUCACAUACGUUAUGUGGCCUACCUGCCUCUCUUCCUGCUCUCUCUGCUGCCGGACAGACUAAAAAGCAGCCUGAUCAAACUGGUGUUUGGCGGCAUUCGGUCUCUGGACGCGAGCGUCGUCCGACCAACUGUAGGUCUGCUCAGUGGAGACUGUGCAGCCAAUGCUAUGUACAUGGGUGGCCAGGAAAUGAAGAUGGUUCUGGAAAGAGACAACAUAACCAUCAAGAAACAUCUUCACAAGCUGAUAUUUUAUCACGGAGCGACAGACCACUGGUGCCCCAUGCAGUAUUAUCACGACAUGAAGCGGGACUUUCCUCAUGGGGACAUCCGACUGUGUGAGAGAGGGCUCCGUCACGCCUUCGUCCUGGACGCAGGAAGUGAAGUCGCCAAGAUGGUGGCUGAAUGGAUUCAUGGAGAUUUGAGGACAUGAACUUUUUUUUUUUUUUUUUAACGCUCUGAUCUCCAUGACAACAGUCAGCCUCCAGAGCUGCCAGCCACAAUAUUCUGUGGCAAAGAUAGAUUUUUCUAAGAGUAGCAGAGAUCAAGGAAUUUAAAUUAAUUCAUUUAAAAUGGUUUUUGUGCUAGAAAGAUAUCAAAUAUUACUUUUAAUACAAAUCAUUUAUAUAUAUAUUUAUAUAAUAUUUUGUUUGGAAUUACACUAUAAUAACACAAUAGAGCGUGUUGUAAGUAGUAAGACAACAUGAAAGGCACAACUCUAGCACUUCUCACAUUGAUGCAAGGUGAGUGUGAAUAGUUUUUUCAUGUUGCAUUUUUGCACGUGUAUGGAAUAUGGUCAUUCAUCGUAUACAUGCCUUUUUGUUUCCUCUUCUGUAUUUUUCACUGGCCAAUGUCAGUAGCUUUGCUUUGAAACAUUAGCAUCACAACUACCUACGAUUUCAAAUCAGGUUUUUUUUGUCUCUUCUCUGUCACACUUUUUGAAAUAACUUUUAUCAUUGUGAGAAAAUGCAUUUAGGAAACGGAAGGAAAAUGUCUGAAUCAUGAAUCAUUAGUCCAUUUCUGUGUGACUAUGUGCAGUUUACCUUAAAAAAACAAAAAACAAAACCCAUUUGGAGGGUUGUACUUUCUGAAAGUUCAGGAACCUCUGGUUCUGCUCCAGGGUUUUUAUUUCAGCAGCAUGACUUGAAUUUCCUGUUUUACUUGCAGUGUUUGUGUUCAUCACCUCAGCCUUUGGUCGGCAUGCUGUUUAAUUAUAAUAAAUAAUGAAUCACCGUCAAGCUGUCUACUACA